UUACAUAAGUAAUGAAAAUAAUAUUGUCACCCCCCAGAACCCAAAUCCGAGGCGCGACAGACACCGUGCACUCGUGAGACAGGUCCCACAAGUGCACAAGGCUCGGAACUUAUUCAAAUCACAAACUAAUACCAUCAAAAUCUAAAGAUCAAAAUUUAAAAUCUCUCUGAUAUCAUAAAUCUCCAAUAAAAUCUCCAAAUACAAGAUCAUGAUUUAUUUCUAAAUCUAUGCUCAAUCUCGAAAUGGCUAGCCUUCUAACUUGUCACUUCCUGUGGUUUCCCCGUCCUCGAUUUCACUUCCUGAAAUGGUGGACAAGGAAAACUAUGAGAUAAACUCAGUAAGUAAAUAUGGAUAGCCCUUGGGUAAAAAUGUAAGCAUGCCAGAUAAACCAUGUAAGUAUAACAAAACUUUCACAAAUAAACUGUUAAUGCAGAAAUCAAGUUCGGUUCAAUAGCAAAACGUUCAAUGACAAAACCGUCAAUGCAAAAUCAUAGCAUGCCAACAAGUGUAAUCACGAAAACAGAUACAGUACGGGCACGAAAUAGACGUCUCCUCUAUGGGGCACGGCCAGUGUUUAAACCUCCCACUGGCAGGCUACAGGAAUUACUAGUGUUUAACCCCCACUAGUAGGGAUACAGGAACGAACCGGUUCUAUCAAUAACAUAUCGACAUGCGCCGACAUGUGCUAGCGUUUAACCCCCACUAGCAGGAUCAUCAAUAACAUAUCGACAU